AGGAUCGGUAAUCUGUUGAUGCCAUAUAGAAAUUUCCUUCUUUCAUCAUCAUCUUCUUCUUCUGUCGACUCUCCUCUUGCCAUCACACGCUCAGUCUCUUUCUCUCUGAGACAAAAUCUCUUCAUCUCUAAACCCCUAUUUUCCUUAUCUGAUCAAUCGACAAUCGGCGAAAAUGAACGACGCAGAUGUCUCCAAGCAGAUCCAGCAGAUGGUCAGAUUUAUCCGCCAGGAAGCCGAAGAGAAAGCCAAUGAGAUCUCCGUUUCUGCUGAAGAAGAAUUCAAUAUUGAGAAGUUGCAGCUGGUAGAGGCAGAGAAGAAGAAGAUCAGGCAGGAGUAUGAGCGUAAAGAGAAGCAAGUUGAAGUUCGAAAGAAGAUUGAGUACUCCAUGCAGCUUAAUGCUUCUCGAAUUAAAGUUCUUCAAGCCCAAGAUGAUGUGGUUAAUGGCAUGAAAGAGGCAGCAGCAAAGGAUCUUCUGAAUGUGAGCCGUGAUCAUCAUGUGUACAAAAAGCUUCUGAAAGAUCUGAUAGUUCAGAGUUUGCUUAGAUUGAAAGAGCCUUCUGUCUUGUUGCGUUGCCGGAAGGACGACCUGCUUUUGGUGGAGUCUGUCCUCGAUUCAGCCAGGCAGGAAUAUGCAGGAAAAGUAAAUGUUCAUGCUCCAGAAAUCAUAGUUGACAAUCAUGUCUAUCUUCCACCUGCUCCAAGCCAUCAUAAUGCCCAUGGUCCUUACUGUUCUGGUGGUGUGGUGCUGGCUUCUCGAGAUGGGAAAAUUGUGUUUGAGAAUACUCUUGAUGCUCGCUUGGAUGUUGUCUUCCGUAACAAGCUUCCUGAGAUCCGCAAGAGGCUCUUUGGACAGGUUGUUGCAUGAUGAGUUGGCUUGAACAGUUGUCUCACCUCGGAUGAUCUAUGUCCAAUAUUUGGAGAUUAGAAUCUAUUAUAAUUUCCAUGGUUUCUGUAUUUAUUUUUCCCAAAAAAAAAUCUUUUGGUCAUAAUUCUUGUUUGCAGAAUAUCUUUAUUUGUGAAUUAGGCAAGCUGGUACUUGGAUAGUGCCGGUACUCGAAUUCAAUAAUAAACAGAACAUCUAAUGUUUUGGCUGAUGUCUGUUAUUAUUUGUUGUGAGUGCGUGUGUUGCUGCCUCUCGCACACGGCAAUUAGAUGACUCGAAUCGAACCGGCCAAUAAGAGAGUUUUGUUUUCUUAGUAA